AUCGCGACGCAAAAGUUAUUUUUGAAAUGUAGUUGGAAUUACUGAACAUCUACCUCUAUAUUACUAUAUAUAGUCCUUCUAAUAAGUUCCCAGAAUGCAUCAAGCUAGCUUACAGUAUAGUAAGAGUUCAGCUUAUUCUUAGUUACACAAAAAUGGCCAAGUCCUUGAAACUAAACACCAACAUCAUUGAAUGUGUUUACAGUACAACAACAAGGGAAAUGACAGAGCCACGAGUAUCAUACAAGAUUUCAUUCCCUGACAGUCAAUCAUUGAACAACAACAAUGAUCAUACUAAUAAGAAUUUGCAAAAUCGGAUGCAUAUAAUACUCUGCUACAAGAAACAAAGUAGUAAUGAAGAUUCUGGGUUACAUGUUGGAGGAUGGAUCAAGCAAUCCUUAGGCAAUGCGUUAAUGGAGCACCCGAUUGCAGCGGGACGAAUUCGAAGAUCUGAAAAUGGAGGAUUAGAGAUUUUAUCUAAUGAUAGUGGAGUAAGAUGUGUUGAAGCUCGAGUUUCAUUGAGUUUGAUAGAGUUUCUUCAGUCUGAGGAGAAGAAUGAUGUUGAGACUAAGCUUGUUUAUUGGAAUCAUGUUGAUGAAACCAAUCCUUUGUUCUCUCCACUCUUCUAUGUUCAGGUAACCAACUUCCAAUGUGGUGGAUACUCAAUUGGGAUAAGCUUUAGCCUUCUCUUGGCAGACCCUUUAUUCAUGGCAAAGUUCCUCAAUAGUUGGGCCAAAAUUCAUAGAAGUAUGGCCAAUGAAAUUGAAGUUCCAAGAACAUCUUUCUUUCACUCUCCUGAUUUCAACAUGAUGGGGUGCUCCUCACUAGAAAGUGCUACUUCUUCUAUCUCAAAUAUUAGUAAGAAAAUUCCAAAAACUAUGAUAUUCAAUAUUUCUACAAGUGAGAAAUUAGAUUCAAAAGAUGAAAUGUGCAAGUAUUUUGUGCAACUAUGCCUAGAGGAGGCAGCUAAGAGCAAGUUUGGUAGCAACAUGAUCUCCAUUUUCACUUUAAUUACCAAAGAACCAAAUGGGGAUGUUAAAGUUGAAAACUUGUCAAAACAAGACAUUUCUGAAUCACAAAAAUGGAAAUAUGAGCUUAGUUCUCUAACUUGGGAAGAUUUGGGAAUCAAUGAGGUUGUUUUUCAUAAGGGAAUUGAACUAGUUGAUGCUUCAUAUUGGAUUGCUUCUGAUGCCCUUGAAGGAAUGGUCUUGGUUGUAAUUUCAUUACUUGGUGAGGGUAAGUCUGGUUUUAAGAUUUACAUCACCGUAUCAAGUGAUUAAAUCUUGGGUAACAUAUUGAAAUAAAGCUAAAUGGAGAUUUUGUUGUCCACUAAAUAGAGAGGAAUUGUUGUUAGGCUACAACAUGUGAUUUUAUCAAUAUUUUCCUCCUCACAUCUUCAAUAGCGAACAUUAAAUAGCUUUAUAUAUGUUAAACCCUCUUGAAAAGAAAGGUCAUUUGUAUAUCUCUUAGCCCCACAUAGAUUUUCUAUUUAAUUUAUUCCGAUGUUCAUUCCUAGUUAUGUAAUGAUCUCUCUACUUAUCUCCUCAAAUUAGGCUAGCUUGAAAGUUUAACAUGCUAUAAGCCUAUAAUUUAAGACAUAGAAGUAUGUUAUUAUGGCAUUACUACAUAUAAAGGUUCAAAGAAAAGGAAUCAUAGAUUAAAUAUGAAAG